AGGUUUACUCAACAAUUUCGUAUUUGAGCGAGCACAUUGACAGGGACAUCAUCUGAAGGACAUUUCAUUCUUCAAGAAGCUCUUUUGCCCAAAUACUCCAUCAUCAGAAGACUGACCAAAUUACCGUGGACUUACACAAGUGACUUCCAACCUGAAGGAAAGAGGGAACACAGGAUGAAGUGAUUGUAGUGAAUAAUAAAUUUGACUAUGAAAACUCUGAUAUAUGAUAAAGUCAAUCAUCAAACUUAGAAACUUGUCGUUGGAGCAAGGACAGUGCUGUGGCACGCUUUAAAGUAGUUUCCUCUUCCUAGUUUUUGCUGAGGAAUCGAGCCAUUUUUCUGCAUCCGAUGUGGAGGGUAACCAGUUCAAGCUGGCACCCAACAGGACACUCGACCGUGCAUUGUCAAAAUGUCUGCCGAUAGCGGUGUCGACGAAACAGAAAUGCAACCCCUUAACCCGGGCGGCAGCAGUGACACUCAAGCGGACUAUGACGCCCCUACCGAGACGACCACGACCACCGCCACGAAGCUCAACAAGUCUGCGCUGUCCAGCCGACCCCAACGGGCCAGGGUGGGCUUCCUGGGAGUGGCGGACGAGGACGAAGACGACUUCGACGAUGACGAACAUUCAGAGAUGCGUAAGAAAGUCAAACAGGAGUUCAAUAAGAUGAACGGGAGGUCAUCGAGCACCCAUGCCAGGCUGGCCCAGCAGCGGAUGAGCCUGCUGGGAAAGCCACUUAAUUACAGGGUUUCCAAGAGAGAUGCAAGAUUUAGGAAAGUACAAACUAGGAUAUAUAACUUUCUGGAGAGACCCACAGGAUGGAUGGCAGUCUUGUAUCAUGUUUUAGUAUUUCUGUUACUGUUUACGUGCCUUGGUGUGAGCAUAGUUGCCACCGUUGAUAACCCUACUCUACAAAUCACCUGCAACCAUAUAGUUUUUAUACUGGAAAUAAUUGCUGUCCUGAUCCUGAGCACAGAAUGUACGCUUCGUAUCUGGUCUGCGGGAUGCCGCAGUCGCUACCAAGGUCAUUAUGGAAGGCUCAGGUUUAUCAGGAGACCCCUUUGUAUACUCGAUAUUGUUGUAGUCAUAGCUUCAGUCCUAAUCAUUGUGAUAGGCAGCCGCAAUGGUCGCUUCCUCGAGCCAGCAUUCCGUGGUCUUCGCUUUAUUCAGAUCCUGCGAAUGGUUCGGGUUGACCGGCGCGGCAACACCUGGAAACUUCUAGGCUCUGUUGUCUGGGCACACAGACAGGAGUUGCUGACAACAUGGUAUAUUGGUUUCCUGGCCCUAAUUUCAGUGUCUUUCUUAGUGUUUACAUUGGAGCAUGGUAGUCCCGAUGAUGAUUAUAAGACUCUACCCGAUGCCAUGUGGUAUGGUCUGGUAACCUUGACAACAGUGGGAUAUGGGGAUAAAACACCAAACUCCUGGUCAGGGAAGCUAGCCGCUGCGGUCUUUGCAAUCAUUGGAAUUUCCUUUUUCGCUCUGCCUGCGGGUAUUCUUGGUUCCGGUUUUGCUCUGCAAGUCCAGCAGCAACAACGCCAGAAGCACUUUGCUCGGAGACGACAUCCAGCAGCACAACUCAUCCAGUGUCUUUGGAGAUGUUAUGCUGCAGAUCCAAACUCUAGUUCAACAGCCACCUGGAAACCUCAUAUUAAACCUGUUCAUAGCCCCACUACUGGCAGCUUCAGGUCCAAUAACUUCAUCUCCCGGCUUUCCAUGAAACGCAACAACAACACGGCCAACAGUCCCAUGAUGCACCGGACCAGCGAGCGCCUCAAGAAGUCGAUCAGCUCGGAACGGGACCUGGAGGACGGGGACCACGACGAGAAGAAGACCAUGCUGAGCGUGAGGCUGAGCAACGGCAGCCACGGUGGUCUCUUUGAUGACGAAGAACCGCCGGUCCGUGUCACGAAGCUCACCGAGGCACACAAGAACGCCAUCAGAGCCGUGCGCAAGAUAAAAUACUUUGUGGCGAGACGGAAAUUCAAGGAAGCAUUCCGGCCGUAUGAUGUCAAAGAUGUCAUUGAGCAAUAUUCCUCUGGUCAUGCAGACAUGCUGGCCAGGAUUAAGAACUUACAGAUGAGGUUAGACCAAAUCUUGGGCAAGUCAGGGAUGGAGAGAAGGAAAGGUCGUGGAGCAGGCGAUCUGGAAUUGUUUGACCCCAAUAUCAGUUUACUGUCGCGUGUAGUGAAAGUAGAGAGAAGAGUGACUCUCAUUGAUAGAAAAUUAGAUAUGUUGAUUGAGAUGUACCGUGAAGAGAGACACGCCAAGUCAGCUGCUGAUGGGGGCAAGGAGGAAGAAGGAGAACAUUCCCAAGAAUCGGAUCCAGCUCCCAGAGGGUUUAUGAGGAGGAGAGGCUGGGGUUCGUACCAUCGGAGACAGAACGAAGCUAUUCCACAACGGGUCGAAUCCUCCGACACGUCAUCGGCGACGUCCCCCGCCGACCCGACCGCCACCGCUGCAACCAUUCAGAAACUUCCCAUCUCAUCCUCGCACCCGAGCCUCGCCGAAGAGAAGGUCAUCAAGGGACUCUUAAAGCCGUCGCACUCGCAGAGCGACGUCCACCAGAGCGGCGAUGACUCCUCUAUCCACUCCCACGACCGCAUGAGCGACUCGACGCUGCGUGCGGAAGGGAGCCCUCACUCCAGCGAGAAGGAUAUGGAGAGUGACGUGUGCAAUCCUUCUACCAGCGAUCAAGACAUUCCAUUAUCCACCAACCCUCCCCGCUCACCAGACACGGUGUCGUACGCUAGCAGUAGGCUGUCCAGUACAGGCAGCUCUUCUGCCUUAGACAGUGAAACAAGAAUCUAAAAAGUGUGUGUAUUUGAUGCUUACAUAAUGUGGAGUGUUUUUAAACAAAACAUUUAUGGCACAUAUUGUGCGCAGUACUUAUAUCGUCUUUAUCUUACUAUUCCCUAUCAAUAGUAUUUCAUGAUUACAGAGCUUUAAUGCUUUCUUAUGGAUUUUAAUUUCUUUUCCAACAUUGAUUUCCUUUUCAAUACAUCGUGUCAAGCAGGCAUCUAUCUUGUUUUGAUUUUAAAGAAAGAUAAUGUAUGUUAAUUAUGUGUAGAAACUAAGGGAAAGAUAUAUUUUGUCUUGUGUCCUGUUGGGAAUAAUCCAUAAUUUUAAUUUUCACAAAGUCCUUAUGUUUCUUGUGAUAUUUGUCUGUUGUCCUCCUGGUAUUAGGAAACUAAAGGUGCUAUAUUAUGUGUCCAAUCUGACUGGUACUCACAAUGCAAGUCUUAAACUCCAUUUAUCAACUCAAUUUUAGUUAUUGAGAACAUCUUUGGAUGAAACCUGACUCAAAGAUUUUUUUUUUGAUAACUACCAAAACAUGCCCCCUUUUUUCCUCCCCGAAAAAGUAUUGCAAUAAUGUGAAAAAAUCAAAUGGAUUUUAAUUUACAUGUAGAUGAUAAUUAAAUGAAAUGAACCC